GUGCGGCCUGCCACGCAGGCGCGCUACGCCGCCAGCGUGCUGGCCUUCGCCGCCGCCAUGGGGGUCGUCGCCGACUGCUGGGUGAGCAAGGACCUGCCGCUCGUGGACGCUUUGCUGGUGGAGUACUUCGAGCAGCUCUUCCUUGGGGCUGGCAGCAAGGUCGCGGCCCGCUACGCGCUGGCCGCGCUCGCCCACCGCUUCGGCGUCUCGCUUCGGGCUCCCAGCGUCUUCCCUCUGGCAAAGGGCGCCCUCUCUGGCUGGGGCAAGUUGGGGUCGGACGUCACCUCGGAGCCGCUGUGCUGGGCGGCCGCGUGCCUCAUGGCCGAAUACUUGGCGAAGCUCCAGACAGAGGAGGUCAUGCAGGCCGCCCGAGGGCUGGUGCUCCAGUUCGACACCUUCGCCCGGAUGGGCCUGGUCGUCGGCGCCUCCGCGUUGGUCAUGGGCGACAACAACCACUCGCGUGUCACCAAGGCCGGCCUGCAGGACGACACCGUGCUCAUCGACGGCCAGUCCCGCGUCGGCGUCGCUGGCGCCUUCGUCGCCUUGGCGAGCUACAACCGCACGCUGAAGGAGGCGGCCUCCGCGGUCGUGCUGCCGCCCAAGGUGACUGCCCACCUCCCACGGCAUGGCGGGCCGUCCGAGGACUACCGUCUAAGUGCCCGCUCGCUGGCCGACAUCCAGGCCCGCGGGAGGCGGCUCUCGACGGCCGUGAAGGCUGAGGCCAAGCGCGCAGAAGCUCGGCAGCUGUCCUUUCUGGCCUGA